AGACCUUAGAACAUAGAAUGUCAGUGCUGGAAGAGACCAUAAAACACAGACUCUAAGAUGUCAGAGCAAGAGGGGUCCUUAAAACAUGGAAGUAGAAUGUCAGAGCUGGUAAGAAUCUAGCCCAAUGUCUUCAGGCUCAGAGACAAAAAAAUGACUUGUACAAGGUCAUACAGGAAACAGCAGAGUCCUUUGACUUCAAAUGCAAUGUCCUUUCCACUCAGACAACAUGUUUAGUGACUGCAUGUUUGGAAAGGUAUCAGGGUCCAGAGGUCCUUUUAUCUCAGUUGGUGGGUGUAACUGGAAUUACCUGCCUGGGUGCCACCACCAUGACCACAUGUCAUUUCUCCCAGAAAUCAAUUUCUCUGGCUUAUCUACUGAGAUCCCAAUACCUAAUGGGCAUUUAGCACAAGGCCAGACAGUGAAGACUGGUCCAUUGGAAAAAGAACUCUGGGCGAAGGCUGAAGGAAUGGAAGUUUACAUUUUUCUUUCACUAUUUAGUUUCUGUUUGUCUAUGUCAUCAGCUUUCUAUUUCCACGUAGCAGAAAGAGAGGAGAAAUGCAUCAUAGAGGAUAUUCCCAGUGACACCUGGAUCAUAGGGAUUUACAAGAUGGAGCAAUGGGAUAGAAACCAUCAAGAUUUCCUUGACUCUGCUCCUGGUUUAGGGUUAUUUGUGACUGUUACAACUUACAGUGAUGAGGUAUUAUUGUCAAGGCUGUAUGGAUCACAGGGGGCAUUCACAUUCACAUCAUACUCGCCUGGAGAGCACAUCAUUUGCUUAAAGUCUAACUCUACAAAGCUCAUCUCCUUUGGUGGUAGUAAGCUGCGGAUCCACUUGGAUAUUCGAGUUGGAGAACAUGACCUUGAUGCAGUAAUUGCUCAAGCAAAGGACAAAGUUAAUGAAGUUAGCUACAGACUGGAACAUCUGACAGAACAAAUUGAGCAAAUCAUCAAAGAGCAGAACUAUCAAAGGGAACGUGAAGAAAAUUUCCGAAUGACCAGUGAAGAUACAAACAGCAAUGUUUUAUGGUGGGCUCUCGCUCAGCUGUUACUCCUUAUCUCGGUUGGAAUUUUCCAAAUGAAGUCCCUUAAAGAUUUCUUCAUAGCUAAAAAACUGGUGUGAAAUGAAGUUAAAAGAGGCAAAUAAACUGUACAAUGAUUUGCAUAAUGUCUAAGUUAAUAAAACAAAAUACAUAAAUAUGUAUUACUUUGUGGGUAAUUUCAAAGGAUCAAAAGUUGAAAUUAAAUCUCCGUUUGAUCAGCAUCAUAACACC